AGCAGCUUUGCUGCUCACUUAAACACAGAUGAAUGAAGACCCCAUUCGGAAAGACACCAGGUCAGCGAUCCAGAGCUGAUGCAGAAAUUAAUCUUCACAUCUGAGGGACAAGUGGGUGAAAGUUUUCAAAUGUCAGUCUAUGAAUUAAAACUAAAAAUUAUGGAAGGCUUGGCUGGCCAACCAGCAGGAAUCAAACAAAGCCUAUGUCUAAACCAUUCAUGUCAUCUAAGUGCAAGAGAAGAGGCUGAAGAUUACAGUGGUCUACUACAGAGAAUUCCACAACUUCCACUGCCCUCACCUGGUAGCCACUUUGAGAAGGGUCUCUGUGUGUGUCUCAGCCUGCUCACAGCAUGGAGCACUAUCUUCCCUGAGGGGCAUGCAGGAGUGUCUGCCAGCAUGAUGAAGAAGAGAACUUCUCACAAAAAGCAUCGAAACAACGUAGGACCUAGCAAACCCAUUUCUCAGCCCCGAAGAAAUAUUGUAGGGUGCAGAAUACAGCAUGGAUGGAAAGAAGGGAGUGGACCUGUAACACAAUGGAAGGGGACAGUUCUUGAUCAGGUUCCUGUAAAUCCUUCUCUCUACCUUAUUAAGUAUGAUGGAUUUGAUUGCGUCUAUGGACUAGAACUGCACAAAGAUGAAAGAGUGUCAGCGCUUGAAGUCCUUCCAGACAGAGUUGCUUCAUCUCGAAUCAGUGAUGCCCACCUGGCAGACACAAUGAUUGGCAAAGCUGUGGAACAUAUGUUUGAAACAGAAGAUGGCUCAAAAGAUGAGUGGAGGGGGAUGGUCUUGGCUCGAGCUCCUAUAAUGAACACGUGGUUUUAUAUUACUUAUGAGAAGGAUCCUGUCUUGUACAUGUAUCAGCUCUUAGAUGACUAUAAAGAAGGUGACCUCCGCAUUAUGCCUGAUUCCAAUGAUUCACCUCCAGCAGAACGGGAACCAGGUGAAGUUGUGGACAGCCUGGUAGGCAAACAAGUUGAAUAUGCCAAAGAAGAUGGCUCUAAAAGGACUGGCAUGGUCAUUCAUCAAGUUGAAGCCAAACCUUCUGUCUAUUUCAUCAAGUUUGAUGAUGAUUUCCAUAUUUAUGUCUAUGAUUUGGUGAAAACAUCUUAGACAUCAUCGUGAACUUUUGCCAAACUUGUGGAACUAUUAAAUGUAAAAUUUGUAGACACAAAGACUUGACUGCUUUCCAGUUUAAUGAAAGCUUAAAUGUCCCUGCGAACCCACAAUCUCUGCCAACAAAACUGUUUUGUUCUGAAUAAUACAAACAAAUUUGUGUGAACAUGACACAUUUUGUGUAAGGGAACUCCUUUUCUUGAAGGAAGUCACUAUAUUUUUGGGGAGAGGGAGUUAAAGUAAACAGCUGCAAAUUCAGGCUGUGUAAAGUUGAUCUAGUAUUGUAAUCAUUAAU